AAUCUUCUUCCUCAACUCUGCCGAGCCACCACUUGGCUUCCAAUAAAUAUUCAAGCCAAAAUAUGUCGUACCUGGGCCCGGGUCUGCAAAAAGCCUUGCCUAGACUCCUCGUCUACUGCUGAAUUUUCCACCUACUCUACAAAAGAGAUACUCGAUCGAGACAAUUUGAUUGACCCAGAGAAAAGUUCGAUUAAUCUUUUGGCCCUUCAGAAAAUUCUGGCCCAACAGGUGACCCUACGAUGCCUGACGAUGGAACAAGAAACGCCAAACGAGGACAAACAAAUCCGAGAGGCAGCCAAUGUUUUGCGCAUCGUUUACUUUGCAAGUCUUUUGGCUGGUCAGAUGGACUCAUCUGAGACGUUGAGGUUGGAGGCUGAGGUUAACGCGUCCUUUGAGAAUGAUAUGCAAGCAUUCUACGCUGCGGUUUGUGAAAUAAGCGGAUUAUUUAUUCAUUACUUAAUAGCUGAUGUUUUAUCUUACAUGCUAAUCUAA